CCACUAUAAAACCAAGGCGUUAGAUCCUUCAGUGAAAUGAAUUUAAAUUAUCUACAACAUCCGUAUUUCUCUACCUGUUGACACACUUAGAAACUAUUCAUAUUAACAUCAACACACGCACUUCUCUGGACACCACAAUGGUCAACCACGGCAAAUACACAACAGAAAAAGUCAAGUACCCAUCGCACGGGGAAACUAUCGGUGCUGUCCUUUUCAAACCAAAGGAUAUUAACAAUCCUCCUGGCGUGGUCAUCAUUGGCCCCUACUCGUUCUGCAAGGAACAGGCUCCCUUACAAUACGCCACGCGCCUGGCCGAUGAGGGCUAUGCCGCUCUUAUUUUCGAUCCACGCACAGUCGGUGAAAGCACCGGCCAACCGCGUCGGCUGGAGAACCCGGUGAUGAAGAAUGAGGAUGCUGUGGCCGGCCUUGACUAUCUUGUGCAGCGUGGGGAUGUGGAUAGCGCCAACCUGUUUCUCGUAGGAGUGUGCCAGGGCGGUCCAGAAUGCCUUGAUAUCGCCUCCUACGACGACCGCGUCAAGGCAGUAGCUGCCAUCACUGGCUACUACCGUGACCACGAAACGGACGUGUACAUGAUCUGCGCCGGAUGCGUGGACCCCCAACCAGGAGAGGAUGUGGGCUCUAUGAAGAUGCCUACCCCCGAGCAGGGCGAGGCGCUGUACAAAGCCCGCCUUGAAAGGGCAAAGGAGGCAAAGGCCUUAUACGAAAAGACGGGUGAGGUGGAAUAUCAUCCGCUUGUCGACCCCAAGGCCGCUGACCCUACCGUCGGAGCUCGAGCUGGCCUGCCUGGCCCGGUGGUAUGGUCCUGGUACGGGCCUUGGACUCUGAGGAAGGAAUUUGAGAACCGCUACGCCAUCAUGAGCGAUCUGGACCACUUUGCAUACACGACCGUUCCGGGUGUGGCCAAGCUGCAAAAGCCGGCGCUGGUGAUCCACGGUGACAACUGUAUGAACGCCCCGGCUGCUAAGCGUCACUUUGAGUCCAUUCCGACACAGAAGAAGAAGUUGAUCUGGGAUAAUAAUGUAUCUCACUUCCAGCACUAUGAUCAGCCUGAUGUCGUGGACAGAAAUGUUGGCGAGGUUGCUGCCUGGUUUGCCCAGGCAUAGAAUGUAAUGGUCGGUGCGGGUUUAAAUAGUUGAGCUUGUAUAGUGAAAACAGUUACAGACUUUCAAUUUAUAGAAUUAUACUUGGAAUUAUUCUUAUUCUUAUUCAAUACAUGAUUUUACUAGGUUUCCGACAG